AGCCUCUCCAUGAGACUUGCAGUGCACCGCCACUGUGGUUAUGUAAAGAUUAUUUGAUCAUUCUACCUCAGAAACAGGUGUUAGAAUACUUUCAAUUAUCUAUCAGGUAAUGGAUCAAAUUGUAGGUGUGAUAUGUUUAAGAGACAGCAUCUUAUAAAUAGGCUAUAUCUUGGAUCAUUUUGAAGAACCUGAAUCUGAAGACACCUUCACAGAGUGAUGAUGAAAAUGGUGAUGAUGAUGAUGAUGAUGAUGAAACUCACAACAAACAGACCAGACAACACUAUCGGACCGAAACAGUAAAAGUCGUCUUUAUGGAGUUUGAAAAAUGACAAUUUCUAAACUGCUGAACGAGAGCAAGGAUGAAUUCCCCUCGGACUUUCUCUCCAACAUCAGCAACACCACCUGUGAGGGCAUCACCCUCGACUCUCAAGUCAUCGGUGUGGGAAUCUUUCUGGCCAUUUUUAUCUCGGCGGCCAUCGUUGGGAACAUUUUGGUUAUUCUCUCAGUGCUGUGCAACAAACAUCUGCAGACGGUCACUAACUUCUUCAUUGUGAACCUGGCCAUAGCGGACCUUCUGCUGAGCAUCAUCGUGCUGCCGUUCUCCGCGUCUCUGGAGGUGCUGGGAUGCUGGGUGUUCGGUCGGGUCUUCUGCAACAUUUGGGCAGCGGUGGAUGUGCUCUGCUGCACGGCGUCUAUUUUAAGUUUGUGCGUUAUAUCUAUAGACAGGUACAUCGGGGUAAAACACUGCCUGAAAUACCCCACUAUAAUGACCGAACGGAAAGCGGGUGUCAUACUCGUGCUAGUGUGGGUUUCUUCGAUGGUCAUUUCAAUCGGACCGCUUUUGGGAUGGAAGGAACCUCCACCUUCAGAUGAGAGCAUCUGCAGCAUCACGGAGGAACCGGGUUAUGCCCUGUUCUCCUCCUUAUUCUCCUUCUACCUCCCGCUCAUGGUGAUUUUAGUCAUGUACAUUAGAGUAUACAUCGUGGCCCGCAGGACUACAAAAAGUUUGGAAGCGGGGGUGAAACGGGAGAGAGAUAAAUCAAUGGAAGUGGUGCUGAGGAUACAUUGCAGGAGCAUGCCGGAGGACUCGAGCACGAGCUCGAAAACCAAAAACCACCCGUUCAGAAGUUCACUGUCCGUGAGACUUAUGAAGUUCUCCAGGGAGAAGAAAGCUGCUAAAACCCUCGCCAUCGUCGUAGGGAUGUUCAUUCUUUGUUGGCUACCGUUUUUCUUCGUUUUGCCUUUAGGGUCAUUCUUCCCAGCUCUGAAGCCCUCUGAUAUGGUGUUCAAAGUAAUCUUCUGGCUGGGAUACUUCAACAGUUGCAUUAACCCUAUAAUUUACCCCUGCUCCAGCAAGGAAUUCCAGCGGGCCUUCACGCGUCUGCUGCGCUGUCAGUGCCAGCGACGCCGUCGCAUCCUGCGCCGCUUCUAUGACCAGCGCUGGAGAACCGCCAUGAGGGGAGGCCAGCGGGACCCUCACAGAGACUUCUGCCCUGCGUUUCCCUUUCACGAGCAGUGCAGUAACUCGAUAUAUUCCUGCCAGAGCAAGAGCAGGCCUCUUAGUCUGAAGGGCUGGAGGUUUUUCCCCCCUUUACAGAAGUCCUCCUUUCAGCUGAAGGAGAAAAUGAACAACCUUUCCAAUAAGAUCAAGAACGGGACGGGCAAAAGCUCCACAUCUGCUCUGGCCAGGUCAGAGAUUGACACGGUUUCAAUGGGAAUCUAUAAUGAGUGCGGCGAUCAGAGCGGUUACCAGAUCUACGACCUCACAGACUGCUACGGCCUGAAAGAAACAGACAUCUAAACUGAGGGAUCUGACCCACUGCCAGCUCUAUAGGAACUGUGUUGUUUUAUAUAUAUGUACAGUUGAAGUCAGAAAUAUUAGCCCCCCUUUGAUUUUUUUGUUUUGUUUUGUAUUGUUUUAUAUUUCUCAAAUGAUGUUUAACAGAGCAAAGAAAUUUUCACAGUAUGUCUGAUAAUAUUUUUUCUUCUGGAGAAAGUCUUAUUUGUUUUAUUUCAGCUAGAUUAAAAGCAGUUCUUAUUUUUUUAAAAGCCAUUUUAAGGUCAAAAUUAUUAGCCCCUUUAAGCUAUUUUUUUUUCAAUAGUCUACAAAACAAACCAUCGUUAUACAAUAACUUGCCUAAUUACCCUAACCUGCCUAGUUAACCUAAUUAACCUAGUUAAGCCUGUAAAUGUCACUUUAAGCUGUAAAAAAUAAACAGGGGGGCUAAUAAUUCAGGGGGGCUAAUAAUUCUGACUUCAACUGUAUAUAUACAUUAUUAGCCAAAUGUUUGGAAUCAGUAAGAUUUUUUUGUUUUUUUCAAUUCUGCUCACUAAAACUACAUUUAUUUGAUCCAAAAUACAAUAAGAGCUGUUAAUUUGUGAAAUAUUAUUACAUUUUAAAUAGUUUGUUAAAUGAAUGUAGUUUCAAAUUGAAUUUAUUUCUGUGAUUCCAAGCUGAAUUUUCAUCAUCAUUACCUCCGUCUUCAAUGUCACAUGAUCCUGCAGAAAACAUUGUAAUAUGAGGUAGGGCUGUGCCGAUAAAUUAUAUUUUAUCGGAUAGCAAUAAAAUUUAUGUCGAUAAUAUUAUAAGCUUUGACCUUUUUUACUCUAUAUUGAUCUAAGAGCCAAUCACACAGCAGAAAUGUACAACAAUAGAAAUGUAGAAGUGUGUUGAUAUUAGAGAUGCACCGAAUUUUCGACCGGCAAAAAUUAUUGGCCACCAAAAAUAGGUAAUGCUAUUUAAUGAACCCUUUAAUUUGUGGCUUUAGUCAUUGUUGGGAUACUCCUUUAAAUCUGGAAGGAUUAACAACUGAUAUCGAAAUAUAUACCGUUAUUGUUUAAUAUGGAAAAUAAUUCAUUGAGAUUGCCUUUUUGCCAUAUCGCCCAGCCAUAAUAUAAGGAUUUGCUGUUCUAAUGUGAUCAACUAUUAUUGGUGCAAAAUCACUAAUAAUGAUCCAUGCUGAUUUUUUUUAUUGUCUUGCUCCAUAGUAUUGUAGAAACUGUGAUACAUUUUACUUUUAGGAGUAGUUCAAAAUAACAAUAAUUUUUUGCAGUCUCUUUUAUUACAUUAUAAAGGUAUUUACCAGUGGUGGAAAGAGUACUGAAAAAUCAUACUCUGUUGUAAAUAUUAUUCAAAGUAUGAAUAAAAAGUAGCCCAAAACACUCAAGAGUAGUGAAUAGUGAGUAUUACGCUGUGAAAGGCAGAUGCGUUUACAUGUAAUUUGUGCAUGGAUGUGUAAACGUAACAUUCUGUAGUGCAUUGUUAAUUAUUUGGUGAUUUCAGUCUUCAUACAGUAAACAUUCUUCUUCUUAUCAGUGACAUGCAGUCUAUAAAAUCUCUCGAUCAUUGCGUGUAAAGAUUUUAGACAUCUUCUUGCACACUUUGGCACUAAUGGCAUGAAGUUGUUCAGUAAGAUGCGAUUUACUUUUUAUGUGCGAUUUGAUUGGACAAAAAUCACAGGACUGAAUACUCUACUUUAGAUAAACCCCAGAGACAAGAAAAUAAAGUAGUGACUGCAGGUUGAAGGAAAAUAGUGGAGUAAAAGUACCGAUACUGCAGUAAGAAUGUACUCAAGGGAAAGUAAAAGUACACAUUUUUAAAAAUUCUUAUUAAAUUACAAUUACUGAUAAAACUACUUACAGUCAUUUGAGUAUUUGUAAUUUGUUGCUUUACACCACUGGUAUUUGCUUUCAGUCAACACAACAAUUUAUUGUGAUGAAUAAAAGUAAGUUCAUUCUUAAUGACACUUCUUAAUGGUCUUGUUUUAGCUUUCCAAUCUGACAACAACAACUACAAUAAUAAUGAUUGUAAUAAUAAUAAUAGUUUCUUCUUGAGCAGAUUGUAAUACUAGAAUAUUUUAGGCACAGCCUGAUCUCACGAGGAAACGUAACUAUUUUAUGUUUUGUCAGUUUCAAGAGUUCAGACAUAGAUAUUGCUUGAUAAUUAUAGCAGGUUUGGCAUGCUGUCCUGGGAGAGAACCCUGAGCUCUGAGAUAAUUGAGCCCAGGGCUCCCGCCUGGUCAAUGAGAAUGUAAGGGGAUACGAGAUCAUGUAGUUCUCGAGAGCUCCCCCUGAUAAAUGAGGAAAAGUGGGUGAUGGGGGAUUCCUCAACAAACAAAGAUAAGGGAGCAAUACUAGAUGGGCUAUUUAUAAUGAGUUUGGAAUAAUCUGAUUGGCUUACUAAUGAUUACAGAUGAGAUACUAGCCGUGAUCAAUCAUAUCACAUGCUCCUCUCGAAAGGAGUUAGUGAAUUAGUGAAUCUUCCCAGCACGCAUUUUUUGUUUUUAAAAGAUGUCUGAAAGAUGUCUAAUAGAGGUCUAAACAUAGUCGUCUUGGCUAAAACAAGGCUAAAUUUGGGCUCUCAGUGAAAAUCUAGUAGACAUCUAAAAAUAGGCCAAAACUAGACUAGUCAUCAAACAAAACAGAAAUUAAUGACUACACUUAUAAAGUCUGUCUAAUCUGUCUAUUUGACAACUAGUCUAGUUUUGGGCUGUUCUUACAGUAGAUGUCUUUUAGAUUUUCACUGACUGCAAAUCAUUCCAAACUGUACAUUAAGGGUGUAGAAUUGGCAUGGAUGGAGGGGACGUGUCCCCACCAAUUUCCACCAAAUAAUGAAAUGUCCCUACCAAUAAUUUAAUCAACUUCAAAAUAAAGUAAUCCUCGUCAACUCACCAAGUUUGCUACUGGUUCACUGUAAUACUAUUAACUAAGGCAGUGCAAUUAAUUGAAAUUCAGUUUUGAUUUUGGCCUCCAUGAUCAUGAAAAACAAUAAUCGGAAUAAAACAGUUAAAUUGCGUCACUCACCUUUCUAAAUUUCUCUACAUUCAUACCUCCUCAAAGCCUGACUGCAGUAUAAUCAUGUAAGUUGACUUUUGCAGCAUAAGACUGGAUUGCCAUUUGUAUUGUUAAGUGUUUAUUUUAUAUUAUUAAGUACUUUGAUCAUGUUUUUAAAAGCGCAAAACAGAAUUUGUGCUGUUCAAUGCAUGCGCUCUAUAAGGAUGUAUGUCCCCACCAAUGUCAAGAGCGAAUCUACGCCUUUGCUGUACGAAUGAGAUCACACAUUAGCCACUAAAUCAAAAAGUUGCAAAUUGCCAUGAGAUAGCGUUGUUUAAGGAUUAUGUGACUGAAGACUAAUCACUAAUCAUGCUGAAGUCAGCUUUAAACCACAAGGAUGAAUAUAAUUUUAAACUACAUUUAAUAAAAUAACAGUUAUUUAAUAUUUGCAAUACGAAUUCACAAUACAAAUUCACAAAUAUAAGGAAUUUUAAAAUUGCAAUACGAUUUCACAGUUUUUACUCUAUUUUUUUAUUAAAUAAAAGCAGAACAAAGCUUAUUUUAAAACAUUAAAAUUUACUGAUUCUAAAAUUUGACUGGCAGUCUAUAUAUAUUCGCCCUCAAUGAUCUGUGUUCAUGUUAUGUCUUUAAAUGACUUGCUUUUAGAAGCAAAUCUGAUGGGGAAAUCCCAAGGACAUCACAUUAAAGGAGAUUAAUGUGUAUUCACAUGGAUUAUUUAAAAUAUAUCACUUUGAAAAGUGGAAAAAGUACACUGAAUGGAAAUAUUACGAAGAGAAAAAAAAAUACUUAGCCUAUCUGCACUGGACCAGACUGAAAAGGCUUAUCGCUGCUGGGUUUCUGUGUACUGUCUUGUCCUUAUGGCCUUUGAGAAAUUGUCUGUCAAAUGUUUCAAACUCUCCGACGACCAGCAACGGUUCAAACUGUAAUUACAAAGAGAGAUUGUUACAAUAACUUUGGCCUGUCGUUCAUUAGGUGUGAGUUGGUGAACGUAUUUAAUUGUGAUGUAUUCAGGAGACUGUUGAAUCCAUGAUACUGAUUUUUUCUUGACACAAUGAUUCACUGUGAUUCGCAGUUGACUGUGCAGUUCACUUUUAAAUGAUUCAAAAUUGAUUCAGAGGUACAAACCUUUAAAUGUGAGGCACAGUUUGUAAUUUAAACAGAUUUUUGUGCAGAUGUUUUCAGUAUUUCUGAGUGUAAUUGAAACCUUUGUGAUAUUCAUGCUAUUCUUAGUUUAACCAUGAGAUUUCAGUCAUGCCAAGAGGACCAAGAGUUAAAAAAAACACAAAAAAGCAAACAAAAAAAAUCAUAAUUAAUGGACUACAACUCAGUUUUUGUGUUGUUGAGAAAAGCUUUGGGUUUAUUUGUAAUGCUGAUGUGACCAUGUCUUUCAGUGACAAAUAUUAAACAUAAUAAAUCAGAAAUGAGCAUGGAGUUAUGUAUUUGAUGAGUCUUUCAAAUCAUGAACCGACUUUGUUCAAUAUAAACAUAAAGAGAAUGCACAAAUUAGGCCUCUUCAAUGUUAUUCCU